AUGAUUGAUGAUCAGGACUUGGGGUUUAUAGUCAAUUUCCUUGGCAUCUUCAUCUUCGCAUUGGUUAUUGCUUAUCACUACGUAGCUGCUGAUCCCAAAUACGAAGCCACUUGAGAGUGAAUGUAUCUUUAGAUUAUGUAAUGCUUUUUAGUUUAUAUAUCUGUUUCAAACUGUGACAAGAGAAUAACAAGAGUCUUUUUUGUUUAGAAUGAAAAUGUUGUCAAGAUAAGUAAUUAUCCCGUUAUUAUUUCACUGAUCGCAAUAAAUGGUUUGUAAGAUGUCUCUCACAUUCA